UAUGGAAGUUAAGAAGUAUAAUGUAGAUGGUACCCGUGAAUCGGGUAUACGUGCGGGAUUUGUACUCUUACUUUUAGAAAUUUCGUUCCAAAGGGAAGUUACUCUGUCUUGGUUAUUUAAAUUUUCCCGCUUGAUAUUUUUGGCUGGUCAAUAUGGAAACAGCAUUUUCAUUUUCAGUAUUGGUUGGUGGCAAGCCUUUACCAGAAUACAACAUAGACGGAAAUAAAUACAUAGAAGCAGACUUACACUCUAAAUCGUCGUACAUAAUAAAAGACCUGGAUGAUGAAGGCUACCCACAGCAUUAUCCUGUCACCCCAUUUGAAAUAACUGGAAAUUUUAAGAACAGAAUGAGACUUCCAUGCUACCUAAGGUUAUGUGUAGAUGGACAACAAAUAUGGAUGAAGCCAUUUCCUCCAAGUUAUAGAGACCAGUAUUUUAAAGUCUCUGGUAUUAAAGACAAUAGAAAUGGAACUGUGAAAGAGCUUCUGUUUUCGUUGCCAAAGAUAACUUCACAAAAGGACAAAGGUUCUAAAAAUUGGAAAGCAGAUCUAGGUACAAUAACCAUGGAAUGUUUAGAAGCAAUUGAAGAUGGAUGCUUCCAGACUUACAAGAGACAAUUCAUCCAAACAGAGCCUAAAAAUCUUUCAGAUAAAGCAGUUCACCAGCAAGCAACUAAGCAAGAUUGCUCAAAGAGAGGUGGCAUUGGAGUAUCAACUAGAGAGGGAAGAGGAAUUUGUACCAUUGAGAAGUCCGAUAGAAUGAUUACCAUGAUCAGGUAUAAAUUGGGGGAAAGAGAUUUUGGAAAACUUACACUGAACUACAGAACAAAACACGUUCUAGAGGAAUUGGGAAUAAUUGACAAGGCAUGGAUAUCAGACAAACAUAUUAAGGACACUGUUGAAAAGUCACCAUCUGAAAAAGGGAAAGUUCCAAGUAUCAGAAAAGAGAAGGAAAUUUCAAUAGCUUCAGAGAAAGAAGAUGUCUACAUGAAUUCACCAGUAUCUGAGAAGGAAAAUGAACAUCCCUCAAAACACACAACUGCUUCAACAGACAAAUCUUACAAGAUUUUAAAACCAGCAGUUGAAUCAAAUAAUCCUCACAUGACUUCAUCAGCCCUGGAGAAAGAAGAUGUAGGGCCUUCUAAGAAGAAACCUGUAUUGGAGUCUAAUGAGAAUAACAUGGCUCAGAAGCGGAAAAGUAUGGAAGAGAACAAUUUUGAAAUGGAAAUCGACAACAUUAAAAGCAGGCUCAGGUCUAAGAAAAAUGUUACCAAGACCGUAGAAGGUAAUGCAAAGGCAAUAAAAAAGAAAAAUAUUACUAGUAAAACAAUUAAACAGGAAGCAAUUAGUGCUGAUGAUGAGUGCAAUGAAAAAGGUAAAACAAUUAAACAGGAGGCAAUAAGUGCACAAGAAAAGUUCAACGAAAGAGUUGAAAAUGUUAUCUCAAAAUUGAAAGAUUUGGAUUGUGCCGAAACAGUUAAUUCAAGGAAACUUUUCUGUUUCUCACCUUCUUCUGUUUCGGUGAAAAAGGAAAUGAUAGAUGAGACAAGUAAAUUAGGUUGUCACACUCCUUCAGAUAUUGGUAAAAAUCUCUGCAAUGGUAAACUGGGACACCAUUCACAAUCAGAUGUCGGUAGACACCUUUUCAGAAGUAAACUGGAAUGCCAUUCAGAGUCAGACAGGGGACAGCUACUCGAGUUUCAUCAAAUCAAAAAGGAAAUGAUCGAUAAUGAAGAGAGACAGUUCCGUUACAUUGAAAUUGAUGAUGAUGUAAUCAUGUUACAGGAAGUUGAUGAUGAUGUGGUUUGGAUGGGAGAUGAAAGCUGUUGUUUUAUUGACAUCGAACCAGAAGAUGUGCCAGUCAUCGAUCUUGUUGCUUAAAAUUACAAUCAUGUUUUAAAAUACCAUUUAAGUUAAUUUUAAUGGUAAACUGAACAAAAAUAAAGAAAAGUAAUUUUGCUUGGAAGAUCAAAUAAAAAAAAUGUGUGUUUACGGUUUCACUACUGACCCUAAUGUUUCCAUGAGAAUAUCCUCAUCAAUAUAUUGCAUAGGUGUUGAAACUGCUACACAGUCCCUUUAUUGUACAUUUCUGAAUUAAAAAAAGUUGUCAAAUAAUAUUGAAAAUUACGAAUAUACUUUCAUCAUGUUCAUGCAUGCACUGAUAACCAGAUGUGUUGUGUUAAUCAGGAUCAAACUUGGAGAAAGCAAGAAACAGACAUAUUUGUUUUUGGCUUCAGUAUCAGUGAAUAUGGUCGUUCUACAUUUAUACCAAUGUAUAUGGAAGAUUAUAUCAGCAAUGUCUGGGAUAAUUUCAAAAAUCAGUGCUGAUCAAUUAUUUUUUUCAGAAGUUAUUACCCUUAGAAAUGAAAAUUCUACUAAAGAAAAUUGCAUUGUAAGCUCUCCCAUGUGUGCAAUUUUUGCCAGGUAUUUAUGAAAUUCAUAUCAAAGGUUUAUAUCAGCAAUGUCUUGAACUUGAUGUCAAUCAACUUUUAUAAAAACAGUUAUGCCCUUGGAAAUAUUAUUUGGAACUGUUCUUUUAAUUAAUUUUUGUGACUCAAUUUAACAAAAACAAAAUUACUUGUUUUAUUUUGUAAAGUUUUGUAAAAGUCAUCUCAAAAAGUUUUAACUGAUCUGUCAGAAGUUACUUGACACAUUUUCUAACAUAAUUCACAUUUGGUUAAAAAACAAGGUCACCUGCUAAAGAUUCAUUUUUGCAUUGCCUUCAACAAAAGUUGUGGAUUGAGACAUAGGAAUGCCAAGCUCAAUGCUGUUUCAGUUUGUCAUAUGCCCAUUGUCCUUGAACUUUUGUCAUUUUCAUUGUUUAGUGACCAUUGAUCAAUUUUAAGGGUCCAUUACUCUCAUACUAUUUAUGUCAAGAAUAAUGGGUGUAUGGAAUGAUUGUAAAGUGUCGUGUCACCUUGACCUCAUUUACAUGGUUCAUGGUUCAUUUAUCAAUAAUUAGUUUCUUAUUUAGGUCAUUUUCUCAGAUGCUAUAACCAAUAGGAAAACUUUAUUUAGUAUAUGGAAUGAUUGUAUAGUGUACAUGUCUGCCUAGCAGGAUCCCUCAGACCUUGACCUCAUUUGCAUUGAUCAUUCAUAUAAAUGUUAUGUUUCUGUGCUAUUUGUAGUUAAACCUUUAUCUUCUCUGAUUCUUCUCUAUCUUUCAACAUGAAUUUUAAUCAUGAUCAGACAGCAGGUGAGGCAAUUCAAUGUGUGCAAUCUUGUAAUAAAUGAAUGUUAUUUGUAAUAGUCGAAAGAAAAGUGUGAGGCAUUAAAUGGUCAGUGAUAAACAAAAAGGGCAAAACAUGUAGAUACAACGAAAAAGGGGCAUUAACUUUGAUAUCAGAUGUAAAGAUCAAUUUUGACUUAGGUUUGUACAUGUACAUAUAAAGAAAAAGGGGCAUUUAUUUUGAUAUAAGAUGUAAAGAUCAAUUUUGACUAAGUUUUGUGCAUUUAUGAGAUACUGUUGUGGAUUCAUAAUUAUUCGUGGGGUACCAAUUUUCUUUGAUUUUGUGGGUAAAGGAAAACCAUCAAUUUAAAUGUCAACAAAAUACAUGUAAUUUUUUCUACAGAUUUACAUACUCACUUUUGCCAAACAACAAAAUCAAAUAUCCAUGAAAAAUAAAAAUAUCCUCAAUCGACAGAAAUUCCAAGAAAAUAAAUGAAUCUACAGAAGUACUGGUAUAUAUUGUAAACCAACAUAAUUUCACAAUUUAUUAUUUUUGUGACUUUCAGGAGUAGAAAAAUUUUGCAAAUAAAAAUGGUUUCGAAAAUGUCAAUCUCUAAUCUGUCAAUUUCUUUUAUGAAUACAUCAAUAAUAAUUAAAAAAAAUCACUGAAAUAAAUCAAGGCCACGUCAAGUUAGAAAUGGCCAAGUGCUUAAAAAAUCUUUUUUUGUGAAAAUAAGUUGGUUUACUGUAAGUGAACACAUGGUUGAAUAUGUCUAGGUUUGACCUAUUAGCAUUUGCAAUAUUGUGUAAGAAUAUUCAGAUUUAUAUAUUAACUACAAUGUUUAAUCUGGAAAAUAAAACAUGAAAUGAAAAAUAAUG